AAUUCCUCAACAAGAAAAGAAUCAACCAAAAAAGAGCGCUCCAACAAUGGCGAAUCAGUCGCCGGAAUUCGCCGGAGAUGCAACUCUCGACGGCCACCCUCAUAUUUCCCUAAUCAACGCCUUCUGCGAGAUCACCGCCUGCCCUUCCAAAUCCGAAGCCCUAUUUUUCCUCGAAUCGCACAAUUUCGAAGUGGACGCCGCGGUCUCCACCUACCUAGACGACGCCAACCCCGUCGAGCCUUAUUCACCUUCGGAGUCGCUGUCGCCGUCUCCUUCCCGGUCGCGAUCCCCAUCUCCGCCGCCUGCUUCCCGCUCCGCCGCUAAAAGUGGCGUUGGAGUUGGUAGUUCCGCUGCUGGAGGCGCUGGCGCUGGCGCUGGCGGCCGAAUUAGGACUCUCGCUGAUCUCAAUAAGAAUCCUACAAAUGAGGAGUCUGAUAGUGAUCCUGAUUUUGAUCCUCAGGAAUACUACACUGGCGGAGAAAAGAGUGGAAUGCUUGUUCGUGGUCCACCUAAGCCGAAUGAUGUGGAUGCCAUAUUCAAUCAAGCAAGACAGUCAGGAGGUGUAGAAGCAGCAGCUGAACAUAUCUUGCCUUCUUUGAGCUCAAGAAGCUUUGCUGGGACGGGAAGGUUACUCUCCGGGGAGGUUUCUUCUGCUACCCCUGAGCCUAGCCUGCCUCAAACUGUUGUUACCCACAACAUCACUUUUUGGAGAAAUGGAUUCACAAUUGAUGAUGGGCCUCUGAGGAGGUUUGAUGACCCUGCAAACGCCUCCUUCUUAGAGAGCAUUGCAAAGUCCGAGUGCCCAAGGGAGCUUGCACCGGCAGAUAAGAGGAAUGCUGUUCAUGCUAAUCUUACAAGGAGGGAGGAAGACUACAAGGAGCCACCAAAAAAGAGUCUUCCCUUCCAAGGAGUUGGAAGAACUCUAGGUGGCACCAGUGACACAGCAGCGCCAAUGGAAGCGAGCAGCAUUCAUACUGUGCUGACUGCUGCUCCCACACCAUCCCCUGGUCUGGUUGUUGAUCAGGCGCAGCCUUCCACAUCUAUCCAGCUGAGGCUGGCAGAUGGGACACGCAUGGUUUCACGCUUCAACAACCACCACACGAUCAGAGAUAUCCGAGGCUUCAUUGAUGCAUCGCGGCCUGAUGGACCAAGGACUUAUCAGCUGCAAUCCAUGGGUUUCCCUCCCAAACAGCUCAUUGAUCUGGACCAGACGAUAGACGAAACCGGAAUUGCAAAUUCGGUUGUGAUCCAGAAACUAUAGCCGGUAAUUAUUUGGUAAUUAUUUGGGUAUAUUAUGUGAGAAACUGAUGAAGUCUUAUAUUUUGUUGAAAACCAAUUACUCUACAUCUUGAUUAGCCCUCUAUAUUCCCACUGGUUUCAGUUUUA